GGCUCUUUGAAUUGAAAAGUUAAAGAAAAAAUGCCAAAAUUUAAAAUACGAAAAGAAAUUUUGUGGACGCUAUUGAUAGUGGUUCUGAUUGCUGCCGUCAUCAUACCCAUCAUCAUCGUGUACGCACAAGCCGAACAGGACCUCGGCAAUAGGAUCGCCUGUUUCCCGUUAAUGGAAAUUGAGAAUGACGAGAAACUAGACAGCGCAUUCUGCCAAUCAAAAGGCUGCAUUUAUGACGACGCCGGCGAAAACGUCAAAUGUUACUUGCCUUUAGACGGUUCAAAAUCGUAUGGCUACCAGCACAAUUCGACCGUUUACGCAGGAGAUGGAACGUACAUUGAACACCAACUUCAAAGACGCCAAGAAACCCCUUCUUUGUACGGCGGUGAUUAUGAAAAAGUUAAAUUUAAGGUCACUUUUUACGGGGACAAAAUGCUUCGCUUUUCAUUUUACCAAGACGGAAGUUCCAUCGAAAGCAAUCAACCUCCAGUGGGACUGAACUUGCCAAUACCGUCAGCGCCAUCUGAUACGAGCGAUUACAUCGUUAAAAUAUCGGACAGCACCGAGGGAGGGCCUUUUGAUUUCGCAAUCACAAGACGUUCAACUGAUCAAAUCAUUUUAGACACGAAAUUAGGAGGACUCACAAUCGCCAAACAGUUUCUCAUGAUUACGUUUGCCCUGCCAAGUGAACACCUGUACGGUAUCGGAGAAAAUACCCACGACUCGUUCGCACACAACAUGAACUACAAAAUGCAUCCCAUUUUUGCUCGCGAUCAGCCACCAGGAGACGGCGAAAUGAAUUUGUAUGGAUCACAUCCGUUUUACAUGGUGAGCGAAGACGAUGGGUCAUCUCAUGGUGUCUUUUUCUACAAUAGUCACGCUAUUGACGUAACAACCCUCCCUUAUCCUGGCCUGACUUACCGCACUAUCGGCGGUGGCUUGGACUUCUUUGUUUUCCUCGGUCCAAAACCCGAAUAUGUUGUUAAACAGUACACAGGAGUUAUCGGUCGAACAAUGAUGCCCGCUUACUGGUCAUUGGGAUUUCAAAUAUGUCGUUACGGUUACACUGGAACAGACGAGAUUCGCGAAGUGGUAGAAAGGACACGCAACGCAGGAAUUCCACAAGAUGUUCAAUACGCCGAUAUUGACCAUAUGGACAAUCAAGCUGAUUUUACAUUGGGCCCCACUUUCAUCGACUUGCCUAUUUUUGUGACAGAGCAGGCAGCUGAGGGAUUGCGCUUUAUUCCUAUUCUCGAUCCCGCUAUCAACACUGAAAAAACUAACAUGGAUUAUCCCCCUCACACCAACGCUAUGCUAGCAGGAGCGUACAUCACGUGGUUCAACGAUACAUUACAACCAAACAGCGACUGCAGUUCAAGUCCAGGAGACUGCCAGCCACUGGAUAACGUAAUGCUGGGUUACGUGUGGCCGGAUGGAAGAACGGCGUUCCCCGAUUUUUUCAAAAAUGAAACCCAGGUCUGGUGGAAGAAGGAAAUGAAAACGUUCUAUGAGUUGUUACCCUACGAUGGAAUUUGGAUUGAUAUGAACGAGCCAGCUGCCUUUGAUACCAACAAGGAAAAACCAUUCAAUUACCCACCAGAGAAACACCCAUGGAAUUUAAUUUGCCCCGUCAACGAAUGGGAUGAUCCACCUUACAUCACACUGGCUGCCUCCCGCUCCGACACGAAACGUUUGUCUGACAAAACCAUUUGCAUGGUGGGUCGCCAGGGACAAAAUAACGAACACCUUCACUACGCUGUUCACAAUCUUUUUGGAUGGAGUCAAACGAAGCCAACUUACGAAGGAUUGCAAGAAGCUACAAGUAAAAGAGGUGUCGUCAUCACCCGAUCCACAUUUCCAAGUUCUGGGAAACAUGCCGGCCAUUGGUUAGGGGACAAUACGGCACGGUGGAAGGAUUUGCAUAGUUCCAUUAUUGGAAGUCUCGAGUUCAACCUUUUCGGCAUACCCUACAUCGGUGCAGAUAUUUGUGGCUUCUUUGGCAAUACAACCGAAGAACUGUGCGAACGCUGGAUGGAACUUGGCGCUUUCUAUCCUUUCUCACGAAAUCACAACACGAUCGGAAUGGCACCCCAAGAUCCAGCUGUCUGGCCAUCCGUUGCUAGCGCAUCAAGAACCGCCCUCAACAUCCGAUAUCGUCUUCUACCUUAUCUUUACACGCUGUUCUAUCAUAGCCACACAACGGGAUCAACUGUUGUUCGACCUCUCUACCAUGAGUACCCAACUGAUAUGCGAGCUAAAUCAAUUGAUGGCCAAUUUCUUUGGGGACCUGCCUUGCUCAUUUCCCCUGUGCUGACCGCAAGUACAACUGAACUAGGAGCUUACUUGCCAGCCGAUACCUGGUACGACUAUUACACAGGAAAAAGAGAAGAGACAUCGGGUACAGAUGUCACUUGGAACACUCCGCUUGACAAGAUCAAUCUUCAUGUGAGGGGAGGUUACAUUUUACCGCAGCAAUUGGAAGCGUUAAACACCAAGCUCAGUCGUCAAAAUAACUUUACGAUGAUCGUGGCAUUGGACUCGGACAAAACAGCUGCUGGGGAUUUGUUUUGGGAUGACGGUGAAACAAUCGAUACAAUUUCGACUAGCCAAUACCAUUACAUCCGUUUUAGUUACACUGAAAAAAACGUCAAUGGUGCUGCUACUGAAGGUGUUUUGAACAUGCAAGUACAAGUUAAUUCAUCUCGUUCAAAUGGUUUGGAAAAACUCAAAAUGGAUUCUGCCUUGAUUUAUGGGCUGGAAAAUUCUCCAAAAACCAUUAAUGGAGGAAUUUUCGAUUACGACGCCGAUACCAAAGUGGCAAAACUUUUCAACCUUGCUCGGUCGAUGACAUCUAAUUGGGACAUUGUUCUGACUUUCUAACAGACCGUAUUUUGUUUGCAAAAUCAACAACUGAUGUUUAGGAUGAAUGAAGGGAAAUGUUUACAAACUGCAAAGACAA